AUGGGGGAUACGGCCGACCAGCGACACGAGACCAGCAGCAUGCCACCACCGCCUUUGGCGGGAGUCACGCUGGCUGGUGGGCGCCGCCGCCUCGGAGCCCAAACCCAGCACACACCAGCCACCUGUAUCAUAGCCAUUCUUCUGCUUUACGCACUCACUUAUACGCCGUAUCUCAUCUUCUACGUACUACCCGCGCCCGCCCGCGGGCGCGGCGGCGCCAGCCCACUUGGCGCGAUGGCGGCCGCGCGCCUGCUCGCCCUGGCCGCCGCCUGCGGCUGCGCCGCCAGGGCCCUGGAGGUCCGCCACGAGCCCGCGCCCCCCGGCGCGGCGGCCGGCCCGGUGCGGCACGACGGCCAGCGGCUCGGCGGCGCCUCGUCGGUGUGCGGCGCCCACAGGGGAGGCCUGAGGCUGGCGGACUGCAGGGUCUGCAGGCUGGCGCCCGGCCAGAGGCGGCAGCCCCCCGCUCAGCGGCGCGGCGCGCAGGCGUCGCCGCCGUCCCGCCGCAGCUCUCCUUCUCCUCGGUCUUCUCGGUCUUCGUGA